AUGACUCCCGGAAGCUCGCCGUCUCGGUCCCCCGGCCUCCCUCGAUCCAGGAGCUUGUCGCGCCUCGCAGGCGCCAAAGGCUAUCUUCCUCUGGCCGGCGAAGGCUCGCCUGCUGCCUUAUCUACGCGCAGUGGGCAGCUACAGAACCUCAUUUCACACGGUACAAGACGGCCUUCCACGUUGCGUAGCUCCCGGUCGGGGAAAGAACGACGCGGGAGUUUUUCUAGCGACGAUGGAGAUUUGGAGGAAUUCAAGCACAGCCUCAUAGCUCAGGAUCUUGCCUCCGAGCGUAGGGCAAGCAUCGGCGCGCACGCUCUUCAUACCCCGCAGAUGCGAAGCCAAAGGCUGAUUGGCAACUCGAACCCGCGGUACAAAUGGGAGCGAUACUUCAAGACGGAGGCUGAGCUCAAGGAGUACAAGAAAAAGAAGGUCCGGCAGUACUACGAGCGCAACAACUACCUCAUCCAAAAUUACGACUACAUCGACCGCCUUCUCGACUCGUCACUUCCACACCAUCUCAUCCAAGAGUACAGCAACCUAGAGUCUGGUAACGUAAACAUCCCGACAACCAUUACUGAAGAAUCGCCGUCCUUCCCUUCGACGCCCGCCGCGCAUACACCCGCCAGCUACAGCGACAUCAGUACAAACCCGACCAGUGCGACCACACAGACCACCCAGAACAGUAAUGGCUCGCAAGUGAAGCUAAAGCGGACGCCCAAGAAUCUGUACAAAGUGCCCUCAGCAGACGAGAAUACACCUCUGUUGCGGUCGGACGCAUAUGACGAGGAGGAAGAGAUCGAAUCGCUCGGCAAGAGCAUGCCGGAUUGGGUUCCUGAGGAAGACGAAGACACAGAGAGUCCCAUCGUGAAGGUUGCCCUCUAUGUUAAUCUCAUUGCAAAUACCAUCCUCCUCAUUCUCAAGAUUAUCGUGACGGUCAUGACCUCCUCGCUCUCCGUCGUGGCCUCUCUAGUUGACGCAGCGCUCGACUUCCUCUCCACAGCCAUCGUAUGGGUCACCAGUUGGAUCAUCGCCCGACCACAGGAUAAAUACGCGUAUCCGGUUGGACGCCGCCGUCUUGAGCCAAUUGGAGUCCUCGUCUUCAGCGUCAUCAUGAUAACGUCCUUCUUCCAGGUCCUCAUCGAGGCUUUUUCUAGACUAACGGGCGACGACCGAACCGUCGUGGAGCUCAGCGUCCCCGCCAUCGCCAUAAUGUCGUCGACCGUUGUCGUUAAAGGCGGCUGCUGGCUCUGGUGCCGCCUCAUCCGCAACUCCUCGGUGCAAGCCCUUGCGCAAGACGCCGAGACCGACGUCGUUUUUAACAUUUUCAGUAUCCUAUUUCCCCUCGUAGGCUUCUACGCGAAAAUCUGGUGGCUAGAUCCUCUGGGCGGUCUUCUCCUCUCCCUCUUCGUUAUCCUGAAUUGGUCGCGCACGUCAGCGACACAUAUCCGCAAUCUCACCGGUGCUGCUGCCACCGCGGACGAGAGGAACAUCUUGCUGUAUUUGACGAUGCGGUUUGCGAAGACGAUUAAGCAGAUUCAAGGUCUGUCUGCGUACCAUGCGGGUGACAAGCUGAACGUUGAGGUGGAUAUUGUGGUCGAUGAGAAUAUCAGCCUAAGGGAUAGUCAUGAUCUUGGGGAGUCAUUGCAGUAUGUGCUUGAGAGCGUCCCAUAUGUCGACCGAGCAUUUGUACAUAUCGAUUACGCGGGGUACAAUUUGCCGACACACAUGUCGCAGCAGGAAUAG